AUGUCCCUGAACACAGUCACCAGUGGCCUCAAGAAACCCCCCAAGAUACAGUCUCCAUCUAUCGCAAAAGAUGUCCAACAACAACCAGACCUCAAGGAAACAACAGAAAACCUCACCCACCCGCUCCUCCCAGGCGAAUUCCCCCCAGACGAACCAAAAGACAAAGACCAGCAAGAACAAACCGUCAGCAUAUCAACAGCCUUCUCCCAAUGGUCCCAUUCCCUCCUCCCAAACACCCUCGACCUUGAAUCCAGCCUUAAGAGGCCUAAUGACCUGGCUCCUCCCCCCGCCCCGCCAAACAGCCGUAUACGAAGCAACGCUCUCCCGUCCCUUCGCCUCAACCAUCAUCUGCCAGCUUCUCUGCUGCGGGGUGCCGCUGCUUAUCUUCCUGGCGGGACUGUGUGUGUUCGCGGCUGUUGCGAUAGCGCUGUGGGCUGUUUUGUCGCUGGUUGUGCUCGGGCCGGUGCUGUUGGUGACUAG